GAGACACAGGACCAUGAGAGGAAGAUGCCUCGAGCCGGUCUGAUCACCGCUGAGAACAACAGUGAUAUUGAUCUGGAGUUUACAGGUGACGAGGAUGAAGUGUCCACUUUUCAAGAGGAGCUUGAGAGGGGAAGACACAGAGGGAGGAGAAGGGAUGGUGACAGAGAGAAAAAGAAGAGGGGGAAUAGGAGGAGAAAAGGAGCAUCUAAAGAAACGGUAGAAGGGGAAGAGGAAUCCCAGAACAGGCUUGAGAAAAGAGAAAGGAGGAGAAAGAGAGCAAAACGCCAUCAAGAAGCAAGAGGACGAGAGAGGGACGAGGAGGAGCAGGCAAAAAUAAAAAGUGGUAAGAAGGCAAAAACAAGGAAGAAGGUCAAAAAUGAGAAAACAAGAAAAGUGGAGGAAAAGGAGGAGGAGGAAGGAGAGGCUGGAGAAAGAAAUGCCAAGGGAAAAAUGAAGCAUGGAGGUGCCAAACGUGAAGAGAAAAAAGAAGAUGGAGGUAAACACACAGUAAAGGAGAAAGCACAGGAAGUUAAGAAGAAAAAGCACAAGACAGUAGUUGAAACAAGUUCAGAGGAGGAGAUGAGUGAGGAAGCCAAUGAAGACAAUGAGGAAGAGGAGAAGGAGUUGAGGCCAGAGUCUCUAUCGCCGGAGGAACUGGAGAACCUGAAGGAGGCAGUGGACGAAAGGAAGAAACUGAUCCAGAGUCUGAGGGGAAAACCCUGGCCAAUGAAAAAGAAACUUGUCACUUUACGAGAGUCUCAGGAGUUUGUGGAGAAAUAUGAGGGAGCUCUGGGGAAAGGGAAAGGCAGAAGGCUCUAUGCUUACAAGGUCAUGAUGUCCAAGAAAUGGAUGAAGUUUCAACGGGACUUUGAAAACUUCAAAACUGUUUGCAUUCCAUGGGAGAUGAAAAUAAAGGAGAUUGAAAGUCAUUUUGGCUCCUCAGUUGCUUCUUACUUUAUCUUCCUGAGGUGGAUGUAUGGCAUCAACAUGAUCCUGUUUGGUCUUACCUUUGGCCUCGUGAUGGUUCCAGAGGCAUUGAUGGGAAGGCCCUAUGGCAGCAUCUCAAGAAAAACUGUCCCCAGGGCCGAGGAGGCCAGUGCCAUGGACUUUGCUGUCUUAUGGGACUGUGGGGGUUAUGCUCAGUAUUCCGUCCUUUUCUAUGGAUACUAUAACAGCCAGCGUGCCAUUGGCUGGCUUAAGUUCCGUAUGCCUCUGUCGUACUUCCUGGUCGGUGUGGGAACUGUGGCCUACAGCUACAUGGUGGUCAUAAGAACGAUGGCCCGCAAUUCAAACGAGUCGGGGGGUGGAGAUGAUAACAGCUUUAAUUUUAGCUGGAAGAUGUUCACCAGCUGGGACUACCUGAUAGGAAACCCUGAAACUGCAGACAACAAGUUUGCCUCCAUCACCACCAGUUUCAAGGAGGCGAUCUUAGAGGAGCAGGAGAGUCACAAGGACGACAACAUCCAUCUGACCCGUUUUCUGCGGGUGCUGGCCAACUUCCUGGUCUUGUGCUGUUUGGCAGGAAGUGGAUACCUCAUCUACUUUGUAGUGCGUCGCUCUCAGAAGUUUGCCCUAGACGGACUCGAUACUCACACCUGGUGGGAAAGGAAUGAGGUGAACAUGGUCAUGUCACUGCUGGGGAUGUUCUGCCCCAUGCUGUUUGACGUCAUCAGCGCCCUGGAGAACUACCACCCGCGUGUCGCCCUGCAGUGGCAGCUGGGUCGCAUCUUUGCCCUCUUCCUGGGAAAUCUCUACACCUUCAUCAUCGCAUUGAUGGACGAGAUCAACCUCAAAAGGGAGGAGGAAAUGAUCAUAAAGUAUAAUAUAAGCAUGUGGGAAGCCAGUUUUUACAACAGCUCAGUAUCAGGAAACAGCACUGCUCCUCCCGUCAUUAUCCAACCUGCUGACGUGCCCAGGGGGCCCUGCUGGGAAACCAUGGUGGGGCAGGAGUUUGUCCGGCUGAUCAUAUCUGAUACCAUGACAACCUACAUCACGCUGCUGAUCGGGGAUUUCCUGAGAGCCGUGCUCGUUCGGUUUCUCAACUACUGCUGGUGUUGGGACCUGGAGGCUGGAUUUCCUUCCUACUCGGAGUUUGAUGUCAGUGGGAACGUCCUGAGCCUGAUCUUCAAUCAAGGAAUGAUAUGGAUGGGUGCGUUCUAUGCCCCCUGUCUCCCUGCCCUGAACGUCCUCCGGCUCCAUGUGUCCAUGUACCUGCAGUGCUGGGCAGUGAUGUGCUGUAACGUGCCACAGGAAAGAGUCUUCAAGGCCUCCGGAUCCAACAACUUCUACAUGGCCAUGUUGCUGGUCAUCCUCUUCCUGUCCACUCUGCCCGCCAUUUACACCAUCGUCACCAUUCCUCCUUCCUUUGACUGUGGACCCUUCAGUGGUAAAAAACGUAUGUUUGAUGUGAUCGCUGAGACGCUGGAGUCCGACUUCCCUGCCUGGUUUGGUAAAGUGUUCAGCUCUGCUUCUAACCCCGGACUGGUGCUGCCCUUCAUACUGCUCAUGGUACUAGCCAUCUAUUACUUGCAAUCCACAUCCAAGAGCUACAAAGAAGUUAAUGUGGAACUGAAGAAAAAACUACAAGCGCAAAAUGAAGAAAACAAGAAGAAGAACAAACGAGCAGCGCUGAAGGCACAAACGGAUCUGGAGGAGGCCAGAAAUGCAACAUCACAGACUGCACAGCAACAACAAGAGACAGAUGGAGACGAAAAACAUGCCAGCCGUCAGAGGCUUCAUCAUGGUACGACCGGACACAACCCUCCGCCUCCAGACCACGAACGGCGACCUCUGGCCACCAGGGCUCCCGUCCCCAGGCCCUAUCACCACGACAACCACGGCACUCCCGGGUACCUGCCUGGGUUCUCUCAGCAAAGUGAACCCAGGUUGUACAGGGUGCCCAGCCUGCAGAGACACUGAGCAGUGACAACAGCAUGGCACUGACAGAGACUGAAAACAAAGCACUUUACUGAGAGUUGAUGUUCAGCUGCAAACUGUAAAGUGAGAGGAAAGAGACUCGAAACACCAGUUUUUGUGAAACGAUGUUUUCACAAUUGAGAGACAAUGGAGAUAAGUGUUUGUAAAUACAGAUGCAAUUUUUUUUAACUUAAAUUUUCUCAAAAUUUUGCGCAAUUGUUCUUAUGUCUGUCAGUGUUGUUUGAAACCACUAUCUGUAGUGAAUUAAAUCUGCAGUAUUAUUUGGAAAUAUGUCAAAUGCAUGUCUUUAAGUCAAUUAUGGGUGUGCAGCCUCCAUCCAGAGAAGAUACACAGGUCUCCAUUAACCCUGCUUGAUUUAAUCUUUCAUAUCAGAGCGGCUCAAUGCUCCAAAUCUAUUAUUACCUCUGCCAAGGAGGUUAUGUUUUUAUCUACACUUGUUUGUUUGUUUAUCAACAGCAUUAUGGGGAAACUC